AUGAGUGGCCAAGUGGAAAAAAGCCUUCGGGAUUACGAUGUGCUGGCGGAAAUCGGAAGCGGCUCCUUCGCGACCUGCUAUAAGGUGCAGGAGAGGAGCACCGGCGAGGUGUUUGCCUUAAAAGGCAUCGAUUACGACCAGCUAGACGAGGACAAGCGCGAGGCGUUGUUCUCGGAGAUAACCAUGCUUCGGGAACUGCAGCACCCUAACAUUGUGCAAUACUUCCACCAUUUCGACAGUCGGGUGGUGAAGGUAUUGCAUAUUGUUAUGGAGUGCUGUGCCGGCGGUGAUCUCGCCCAGCUUGUCGAGCGGGCGCGAGCAGAGCGACGCCGGUGCGAGGAGCCGUACAUUUGGCGGGUGCUCGUGCAAGUGUGCAGUGCCCUGGACUGCUGCCACAACGGUACGGACCGAGCGAUCGUACACAGGGAUGUUAAGCCAGCUAACAUCUUCCUGGACGCUGCCGGCAAAGCCAAGCUGGGUGAUUUCGGCCUGGCCCAGAUGCUGAGGCGGGACCAGAGCUUCGACGCUGCGUUCGUGGGCACUCCGGUGUACAUGAGUCCGGAGCUAGUCCGCGGCAGGAGGUCCGACUGGAAGAGCGACGUGUGGGCCCUGGGAUGCGUGGUGUAUGAGAUGUGCGCCCUGCGUCCACCAUUCCAUGAGCUGUGCGAAAGGAUAGUCCAGGGCGUGUUCCUUCGGAUUCCUGCCGUCUAUUGUUCCGAUCUACAGGAGACCAUCUCAGCUGUGCUGGCCGUAGAUCGUGAACAGCGUCCCGGCGUCGAGGUGUUCUUGCUGCAUCCGUUGGUGGUCCGGAAUGUCAGCGAGCUGGGCGGCGGUUUCCCGAACCUGGUCGAGGCUGAAGAAGAUCCUUGUUCCUCUCCAUAUUCGUUGCCAAACUUACCAUUUGGCACAAUGGAGGGGCUCCGAGAGUUUGACACGCUCUUACUAUCAAACGAAGAGGCGAAGCAACAAAUGACAUCUAAAAUGCUGCAAAUAGGUGGCAUUGAUGUUGCUCGCUUCACCAGGAACGUGCUGAGCUGGCCUGGCGCCUACUGGAAGAGAUGGCCCUUUCCCGCAAACUGCCCAGGUGCGAGGUCUACCUGGCUCUACUCGAUCGCCUCGCCAAGCAACCAGGCCAACUUCCAGCCCAGCUCCGUCGGUUGUUGA